AGGUGGAGACUAAAGUCAGUCCUCUCUCCUCAGGCCAUAUAGUCACUGCUUUAUGCGGACAAGUACAAGUCGGUACAAAAGCCCUGCUAUUCCUACCUUAUUUCAUUAGGAUUGAUCGGACAAUUGAACAGGGCAAUGGAGAAGAAAUAUCCACACUUUACUUUGAGGACCUUGUUGAGCUUUCUGCUUGUGUUUUUGCUUCACAGAUCAACUGAAGCGCAACAGAUAUGCUCCAGGCCUGGGGCUACGCCUCCCACUAUUAAAGAGAACAACGUUGUUGGUGCUGUUGUGACCACAAUCACCACAGAAGAAGGAGUGACCCUAACUAUUGCCAGUAAUCCUGCAGACUCUUUCGGUCUGAGUGGCAAUGAUCUUACAGCGGUCAAAGUUUUGGACUAUGAGACUAAAACGUCUUUCACCGUUGACCUUCUUUGUAGCAAAGGUGACCAAUUUCUUACUCUAAUAGUAGUGGUACUUAUUGAGAAUGUGAAUGACAACCCGCCAGUAUUUGCAGAAAGCCAGUACACUCUCAAUGUCGAKGAGUUGUCACCUGUAGGCAAAAGUGUCGGUGCAAUUGUAGCAACAGAUGCAGAUAAGGAUCGACUCUAUUACAGCCUAGUGCCAGAUACAGAUGGUUUUAUACUACAAGAAAACAGCCCAAUUAUACUAGUGCAACAAGUUCUUGACUAUGACGCAGUGAGAAGUGUGACACUUAUAUUAUCUGCUCAGGAUACCCCCACAUCCACACCACCUUCAUUCACUGCCACAGCCACUAUCCAGGUCAACAUCUUGGACAUUGACAACCGUCCACCAUGGUUCCAGCCCUGCACAGAAACCRUAGUUGACAUGUCCAAAAUCUGCCUCAGCUCUGGAUAUACAGGAACAGUCAACCUAACAGAGCAAGAGGUUGGUGCAUUGCCAUUGCUGCCAGGUCCGGUGCAUGCCAUUGAUGGUGACAAAGGCUUAAAUGURCCGAUAAUGUACAGAUUUCCAACUGGGUCUGAAUCUGGCUUUUUUCAGAUCAAUCMAAACACUGGGGACAUCACCAUGUCGAAAGCGGCGGAUGUAGCGGGUCCACUGACCUUAACAGUUCUGGCUUUACAGCUGUCCAACAGAGACCAGUUCGCGACCACAACGGUCACUAUYGUUGUUGUGAAAAAGAGUGUGAACCCGCCGCAGUUUGAGAGGAUGGAGUAUGAGGGCUUCAUCUCUGCAGACGCGGGCGUAGACASCAUGGUUCUGGAGAGCAAAGCCUCCAACAGGCCACUCAGGGUCCAGGCCAAGGACACAGACUUUGCUAAUGGCUUCAACCCUGAUGUGAGAUAUGAGGUUCAGGGAAGCAAUGAAUUCUCCAUUACCCAGCAAGGCUUCAUCCUUAUGACUAAAAACGUUAUGCCAGGCACUGUUUCCUUGAAUUUGCAUGCCAUCGACUCAUCCAAUGCAGAAUCAACUACAGCAUCUCUCAAGGUGGAGGUCAUGCCAGGGAUUACAACCAUGGCCCCAACCACCACUGACAUGGCCACCACUGUUAUGGCCACAACUGACAUGGCCACCACUGACAUGGCCACAACUGACAUGGCCACCACUGUUAUGGCCACCACUGACAUGGGCACCACUGUUAUGGCCACAACUGACAUGGCCACCACUGACAUGGCUACUGCCACCCAUGCCGCCAUCAACUCCACAACAGCAGGGGUUCUUGGGGCCCCAGGUGGGUAUGGUCCUGGGGACAUGGCUGCCCUGGGUGCUAGCCUGGCUGUGUUACUGGUCAUCUCUACGGUCGUCAUCGGCCUGCUCAUCUUCCGCAUCCAGAAGGGCAAGACAGAUUGGAGGAAGCUGUCAGAGGCCAACAUCUUCCGUAGCUCUCUUGGGAAAGGUCCCGGCGGACUCAAGAACGGGGUGCAGUACACCAACGAGGGCUUCCAGAAUGACGGGGACACUAACAGCGUGGGAUCCAAAGGCCCAGAGGAGAUGGAUGGGAAACGGUCCAUCGGGAAUGGAGUGACCUCCAGAGCUGUGGAGGAGACUGUCAUGAAGGUCUCGGCUCCACUGUACUCCAACCUCCUGCUUGACACCGGCAGCCUGGCAGGGUCUGAUAAGGCCGACAGCGAGAAGGAGGUGAAGCCCAUCCUGACCAAGGAGAGGCGCGUGGAGGAGGGCUACAAGUCAGUCUGGUUCAAAGAGGACAUCGACCCCAAUGCCAAGGAGGAAGUGGUCAUCAUACCUGACAAUGGGGAGCGGGAAGGUGAUGACGAUGAUGAUGAUGAUGAUGAUGAUGAGGAAGAGGAGGGGUUUAGAGAGGAGGAAGAAGAAUAUGACAACUCGUCACCACAGACCCCAAAGGUGUUGUUCUCUGAUGCUGAUGUGGAUGAUGGCCGUGGGGUGAGGUUUGAGGAUUCUGAGAAUGAAAAAAUCCAGACGUCUGACCUGUGAGGAGUGUGGGGGUAGGCCUGCACUGGAUUUAGCUUGCCUUGUCUGUUUGGGUGGGUGAGGUUUUCUUUUUUCGUUCAGUUGUGCCGGGUAAGCUAAAUCUUGCGCAACUGGGGCCCCAUUUAUACUGUAAUUGUUGUGUAAAUUCCACASUAAAUAUCUGUGUGCGCCAUUUCUGAAAAUAAUACGUACGUCUAAAAAUAUUGAGAUUUCUAAACUUGGCACAUGCCCUACAUACACACUUUUACCGCUUUAAUUCAGACCUGUCGUUAAACUGUGCACACAUGAACAAGCAUUCUAACUCUGUCAGAAAAAGUCYCUUCAUUCACCUUUUAUAGUGACAAUAACGCCCUUUAUUUGCUGUAUAAUUUGGAACUGUUGGAAUUAGGCCAUGUAGGUUUCUGAAAGAAAGAGUAAUGGCAAAUUUGAUCACAUUUUGUAGAGGUGUGAGCAGAAUGUUUUAGUCUUUUACAGUGACUUUUUCAAACGUAACAUUCAUGCUGCCUAUAGUGAGUGCCAAACACUUUAUUGAUUGUAUAUUCAAAACAAUUUUACUUUGACAGUAUGGGUAUAGGCUACAGUAUUGCUGUGCAAUAGGAGCGUGACAUCAUAGCCUAUUUAAGCCUAUACCAAAACAGGAGAUAGAAACACAAUAAUCGAUUGAUACACAAGAUAUUGAACAACAAUUUGUCUUUUGCAUAAAACUGUGGGCUGUAGCAUUUUACUUAAAACUACUGGUCUAUUUACUGUGUUGGCAGCCUGUUUUAAUCUUUUGCAGUAACUUAUGCUGUAUUUAGCAAAGGACUGUGACAAUUUCUGAACAAGAAAACAAUGGUAAAUUGUUGUGGACCUGUCAGCAGAACGUUUGACUUCAACAAUGUUUUACAUUGACUUUCCCCCCAACCUAAUAUGCUGGACUGCCCGGGAAGGCGAGGCAUUUAUUCUGCAAUGGUUAUGAAAAUUAAAUAAAUAGGAAUAGAUUCCUAUGUCUAAUCAUUCAACAAAUAUUAACAGAAAUGGCUUCAUCUUGUUAUGAUGUUUUUUUGAAUAAGYGUGUCAUAAUAGCAACCAUUUGCACAAAAUACUUAUGCCGUGUUCACAUGCUAGUCAGAACUAGAAAACUAGCACAUUUUUGACUUGCUAACUGGUUGUAGUUAUACACGUGUCACGUUCAACCUKUUAGCAAGUCAGACAUUUCUGAGUUUCCUAGUUCCAAUGAACACGUGGACAUGGCAUUACUGGUCUGCUUGCAAUACAAUACUUCAACCACUAGACAAUGUGUGUGCGUGCGCAUGGCGUAAAGUUUGCGUGGAGGGACAUUCUCAAGUUACGGGUUAUAUUUUGUAUCUACGCAACAUUUAUAAAUGAGGCCUCUGAAGUACUGUACUGUAUGUGAAAGAAAGAAAUGCUUUUUUCUGCACCAGGAUCCCACCUGUCUGAAGCAUCACAUCAACAUUUUACUGCAGUGGGCUAAAUCAGGGUCACACAGAGUGUUUCUUGGUAGUCUUAAACAAAUCUACUUUGAAA